AAUCACUAAUUCAUUACAUGACAAAGGCUGCUGCUGACGCAGUUCGUGUGGAUCUAGAUCCUCCGAGACUACUGGAGCCUCAGAGCUGAGCUCACGUUUCUGAAGCGUCGUGGGUUCGAUUCCCGAGCAAAGAGGGGAGGAGGGGGGCUGAAGGACGGAUUUCUGCGCCCUCUGACGUAGAUGCCGUUCCGGUUGGAGGCUGCGGAAAACCCCGAGGACCACCAGCCGACAUGCCGCAGCCCAAGUCCCGAAAGAUCGCAGUCCUCGGGUACCGAUCCGUGGGAAAGUCUUCUUUGACCAUCCAGUUCGUGGAAGGUCAGUUCGUGGACUCUUAUGAUCCCACCAUAGAGAACACAUUUACCAAAAUGAUCACGAUAAACGGACAGGAGUACCACCUCCAGCUCGUAGACACGGCAGGUCAGGAUGAGUACUCCAUCUUCCCACAGACUUACUCCAUAGAUAUCAAUGGUUACAUUCUGGUCUAUUCUGUUACGUCUAAUAAAAGCUUUGAAGUUGUUCAAGUUAUCCAUGAAAAACUGUUGGACAUGGUGGGAAAAGUUAAAGUUCCCAUCAUGCUCGUUGGUAAUAAGAACGACUUGCACAUGGAACGAGUCAUCAGCUGUGAGGACGGAAAAGCCCUUGCUGAGUCGUGGAACGCCGCCUUCAUGGAGUCUUCGGCUAAAGAGAACCAGACGGCGGUGGAAGUUUUCCGAAGGAUGAUCCUGGAGGCAGAAAAGAUGGAUGGCAGCGUGCAGCCGGGAAAAACCUCCUGCGCUGUAAUGUAGAGCCGUCCAAUCAGCAUACAGGACGCUGCACUGGGAAAUCCCGUUACUUGAAGGCGAGCCGCCAGCCCUCCACCUCAGUUGACUCCACCCACAGGGCCCCAAAUGUGUCUCCUAUCCCACUGUUGGUCCUCAGUGCUCACUUUAGUCAUUUUCUCCGUUUGUUUGGUGAAGCUGAGGAUGUGGCUCAUAUUACCCACAAUCCCUCAUGUCAGAGCUGAUGCAGAUGCAUCAGAAAUGAGCUCCGUUUCUUCUGAUCUCAUCCAUCCAAACCUUCAGCAGCUCUUUUUCUAACCCCACCACUGUCAGCCUAAAGAUCCAUUUUCUAAUGUUUCAAAUGUUGUACAAACUGUUUUGGAUUGUAAUCAUUAAAGUAAGAAGUGAUUCUG